CUGCAACCAUCCGGGUGGGUUUACGGGGCGAGAGAGAAAGGUAGAGAAAUCCAGAAUCAAAACCCAUAUCAUCCAUAGCCAUUGAAAGAGAACUCCCCAAGCUUAUAACAUUUUCUUUCCUUUUCUAUCUUACCCACUAAUUUUCUCAUCUCAGUUUCUUUAUACUUGUAUUUCAUACAUGAAGAGUUUGUUUUGAUCAAGUGGUUUGGUGCUGAUUGUGGGUUUUCUUUUUUAUCUUUCUCACAACCCACCCUCCCCCUUUUAUUUGUUGUCUUCUUGAAGAACCCAUAUGAGGAGAGGAAGAGGAGCCGCCGCCGCAGCUAAACAAGUUGCGGAACCAAACGGAUCUGCUCCUCAAAAUAUCAUUAAUGGGAAAGAGCCCAGAUACAGAGGAGUGCGAAGAAGACCAUGGGGUAAAUUCGCCGCUGAGAUCAGAGAUCCCUGGAAAAAAACCAGGGUCUGGCUUGGCACCUUCGAUUCUGCGGAGGAUGCUGCCCGUGCUUAUGACGCCGCAGCCCGUUCUCUUCGUGGUCCCAAGGCUAAAACUAAUUUUCUCAUUUCCGACUCCCAUUUAUCUCCCUUUACCUAUCAAAACCCCCCCGAUCAUUUCGUGGGCCACAGAUUAUAUACAGCAAAUGGGUUUCAUGAGCAUCACGUAAAUCCCCAGAGACCCACAUCUAGUAGUCAGAGCAGUACGGUGGAGUCUUUCAGCGGUCCCAGGCCACCGGCGCAGCAGCAAACAACAAGGACAACAGAAAAAUCUGGGCUAUCGUUGGCAGUGACGGCCCCGAGGAAGAGCCAUCACCGGACGCCACCUAUGGUCCCGGAGGAUUGUCAAAGCGAUUGUGAUUCGUCUUCUUCGGUGGUUGACGAUAGAGAAAUUGCAUCAUCCUCGUCCUUGUGCUGCAGAAAGCCCUUACCUUUCGAUCUGAAUUUUCCACCGUUGGAUGAGGUUGACUUUGUUAUCGAUAAUCUCCAUUGUACUGAUCUACGCCUUUGAUGAUGAUGAUAAAGAAAUUUUUUCAAAGAUUAGGUUAAGAUAAACUCGUCUUGAAUGUAUACGAUUAUGCACGUAUGAUGCUUUUCUCCAUACUUCCUUUUUUCUGAAAACGCGUGCUUUGCAUUAAACAAAUAGUAACAUCUCAUGCCUUCACAAAACCAUCUGAAUUCAGCUCGAACCGGAAUUGAAAUCGGAUUGGACAAGUAUCGUUCCAGCUGGGUCCAAUCCCUAAUAAGUUAUGGUCUGAUUUGAAG